AUGUCUGGAAUGUCAUCUGAUGAUGCAAGUGCUGAAGUGAGGCUUGAAGGAGAAGUUUCUGGUGAAAAGGUACAAGAAACUCAAGAUCAGAAUGAAGGCAGUGGCAUGCCCUCGCCACAAGAGGAGGUACUGUCUUUUCCCGGUACCAUUUUUUGGGGGGUGAUCUUGGCCUCUUGGGUGUAUAUUAUUCAUGUUAUCUUCGUUCCAAGCUUGUAUGGGUACUCACAGGAGGCAGCAAUCAAGAAAAAAUAUGGAGGAAAAAUACCCAAAAAGUCACCACUUAUAUCGAAGGACCAUGAGCGGGCAUUCUUUGAUUCUGCUGAUUGGGCUUUAGGAAAGCAAGGUGGAAAUCCCAACAAGCCCAAAGGGCCCCUUGAAGCUCUUCGACCAAAACUCCAGCCUACUCAACAAAAUGCUCGUGCCCGCCGAUCUUCCUAUGCAUCUGCAGACAAUGAUGAGAGUUUGAGUUUGCCUGCCGAGGAGCUGAUCCAGAAUGAUGAUCCAACUGAAGACAAGAACAAGGAAUAA